GCAAAGGACACCUAACAUAACAUUUUGGAGGCAGAAAGGAACGUGCUGCUCAUGAAGAAAUAAAAAACAUCCUCUGCUCUGCUGAAUCAAAUUAAUCGUGAGUUGUUGUUUUUGUUUGUUAGUGUCUGAGACAGGUCUUAUUCAUUCAACUACUACAAUCACCACAACGCUUUCAUUUGAUCCUUUCCUUCUCAAUGUGGAUUACUCAAACGCUACCAAACUUCCCUUUUUUCUUCAUUAUUAUUGGUGGGUUAUGCUUCUUACCUUGAGCUUCACUCUUUUCAUUAAUGGUUGAUCAAAAACGAGGUUGAGCAAAUUAAUUUGGACAAGUUGAGUUGGGUUUGGAUGCUGCUGCAAUUGAUCUACAAAUUGAUGGGAUUCCACUUGGCCUUGUUUCUUUUUCUGGCUUCUCUUCGCUUGACUUUAACUCAAGAUAUUGAACAUGGUUUAAUUGUAGUAGAUGGAGUUCAAGCAAUUGCUGAAAAUGAUGAUAACUUCAUUUGUGCUACUAUUGAUUGGUGGCCUCAUGAUAAGUGUGACUACAAUUAUUGCCCUUGGGGAUAUUCAUCUGUUGUCAAUUUGGACUUGUCUAAUCCAAUCCUUGCAAAGGCAAUACAAGGUCUCAAGCCUUUGAGGAUAAGAAUUGGAGGUUCUCUGCAAGACCAAGUUGUGUAUGAGGUAGGAAGUUUGCAGUCUCCUUGUCAUCCAUUUCAAAAAAUGAAAGGUGGGUUGUUUGGAUUUUCAAAGGGAUGCUUACAUAUGAAAAGGUGGGAUGAGCUGAAUCAUUUUUUCAACAAGACAGGGGCCAUUGUGACUUUUGGCUUGAAUGCACUCCUUGGGAGACACCAGAUUAAUCACACCGUUUGGGGAGGAGAUUGGGACCCUACAAAUACUUAUGAUUUAAUAAACUACACUGUUUCAAACGGAUACAAAAUUGAUUCAUGGGAGUUUGGUAAUGAGUUGAGUGGUAAAGGCAUUGGUGCAAGUGUUGGUGCUGCACAAUAUGGGAAGGACUUGAUAAAGCUUAAACAAAAUUUACACACACUAUACAAGAACACCAAGCUCAAACCUUCACUUAUAGCACCUGGAGGAUUCUAUCAAAAGGAGUGGUUUGAUAAGCUUCUUCAGGUUUCAGGUUCAGGCGUUAUCGACGUGAUGACUCAUCAUGUAUAUAAUUUGGGCCCAGGUAAUGAUGAGCAUCUUGAUAAGAAGAUUCUAGAUCCUGCGCGCUUGAGCAAGGUUGAAUCAAUUUUUAGCAAUCUUUCAGAAACCAUUCAAAAACAUGGUCCCUGGUCGGUUGCAUGGGUUGGAGAAGCCGGCGGGGCAUUCAACAGUGGCGGUCGUUAUGUUUCUAACACAUUUGUGAAUAGCUUUUGGUACUUAGAUCAACUUGGAAUAGCAUCCAGAUACAACACUAAGGUCUAUUGCAGGCAGACCUUAAUUGGAGGAAACUAUGGCCUUCUUAAUACAUCCACUUUCACUCCCAAUCCUGACUACUACAGUGCACUUUUGUGGCAUCAACUCAUGGGGAAGAGUGUUCUUGCAGCUUCUAGUGACGUUUUUUCACCAUUUUUACGCACAUAUGCACAUUGUUCAAAAGACAGAGAUGGAGUAACAAUACUACUAAUCAACUUAAGCAACCAAACUAAUUUCAUACUCACCGUUCACGACCGUGCCGUGAAUGUCAGUAAUGGAGGAAAUGAAGAUGCUAAAGACAGCAUCCGUAUAGAUAAUUCAUUCUUUAGCCAUCUCAAGAGGGCAUUUUCUUGGAUUGGAACAAAAGGAUCAGAUGUCAUAUUCAGGGAGGAGUAUCAUUUAACUCCAAAAGAUGAUUACCUUAGAAGCCAAAUCAUGUUGCUGAAUGGUAAUCCACUAGAGUUAACAGAUGAUGGAGAGAUUCCUAGAUUGGAUCCAGUACUGAAUAAUGUACAUUCUCCAAUAUAUAUUGCUCCUUUAUCCAUUGCAUUUAUUGUUUAUCCCAACUUUGAUGCUCCAGCUUGUGUUGGAAACAGCAAAUUUUAAUUAAAAAAAAAAGGUUUAUUAAAUCUUGUAGAAGAGUGAGUAUUAGGAAGUAGCUGGAUAUUUUUCUUCACAGCAAAGUUGCAACCACCUUAGCAAUAAUGAAGUAGUUUUAAUUUA